CCUAAUAACUGCUUCCUUUUUCUCUACCUUCAAACUGUUCUUUUAGACAACCCUCCUUUUCCUUUUAGACACCCCUCGUGAUUGGCCGGAGAUAAAAGUGUGCGGCAGCCCCCCAGAAUUAGCAAUCCUCCACGAGGCCGGUCUUCGCACGGUCUCUCCAGCUGUUCAUUCCAAUCACCCCAUCAUGCCGUCAGGUGCGAAGAAGAGGAAAGCUGCCCGGCGAAAGAAGGAGAUGGGCAUCCACCCACCCGAUUCCUCCACCAGCUCUUCCUCUGGCAACGGCGAGAGCCACGACUCCAAGGGCGAAACCAGUGACGAAGGCGAGGAGAAGAAGGGCGAAUCCCCGCGAUCGGAGUCCAUCACCGCUGCCGCGAUGGAUAGGUUGGGUAACGGCAAAGAGAAAUUAAGCGACGGGACCGCCAGAGUGACGGAGGAUCCGCCCGAGGAGGAAAAGAAAAAGGUGGUCGAGGAGGAGACGGUGGCCGAGGAUGCGGGUGCCGAGCUGGUGCAGACUAAGGACGGGGAAGCUGGCGGUGGUGUGGGACCCACCGAGGUUGCGGAAGAGAAGUCGGAAACCGUGGCGUCGUUUGUUCUUGUUGAUGAGCCGGCUUCUGUAACCGAGGAGGUUGUGGAAGCUACCGAAGCUGCGGGUGCGACUUUGGAGGCGUCGCUGGCGAUUGAUGCUUUAGCACAUGAGAAUGAAGUGAAGCCGGCGCCUGUCUUUGACAUUCCGCCGGCUCCGGUUAGCGAACAGCCUCGGCCUCGUGAGAGUGGUGUGAGAGAGAGAUCUGAGGCUGAUCGUGCGACAUGGUGGAAUUGCUGCGGAUUGUUUCAUGUUCUUGCGAGCUCCUAAGAUGCUACCAGGUUGACUCAGAGGCACGGGCUUGCUUUAAUAUGAAUGAGUACUGGAUGGGAUUUCCAUCACAAGGAGUAAACCCUGCGGCAAAGAUUCAUUGAUUCUGAAUGAUUUGUCCUCUUGCUUCAGGGUGCAACUUUUGCUCGUGAGGGUCUGUUUCUCUUGCUCUGAUUUAGGAGAUGUGUUAGUGCAAUGAGGAUUAGAUCAGGCCAUCGUUUUCUUUUUUUCCAAUGAAUAUUUUGUGUCUGAUUCUAAUUGCAAGUUUAUUAGCUUCUGGGGGAACAUGAUGUGCGGUGCCAUGUUGCCUGUAGCAUUGUUAGCACACUGGCAUGCAUAGAGAUGGAAAGAGACAUGACAGUCUAUGUUAAAAUAUAUGCUCGCCAACCCUCUUCUUUUUUUUUGCCAAGAUUUGUCUUAAUUGCUUUGUGGGGAUAACUUAGUAACAAGGUGCAGGAGCAGAAACAAGAUUAAUCCAGUGUGGAGUUGCUCACAGUUUGAAGUGCAGAUAGUGAGAUGAGAUGGAGCAAGAGCAUGAUUCAAAAAUGGGUUCGACACUGGUAAUUUAGUAAUCUCUACUUGUAAGGUGACGAAAAACAAUAUCAUCAGUCAUUUAGACAAGACAUCUGGAUAUCUAACAAGUCUAGAAUCUUAUUUAAUUUGAACAAGCAUGCUGGUUUUGAUAAACUGACCAAGACACAGUGUUUACAAGCUUGUGGUACUCCAAGGAGUCAUGCAAUCAUAUAGAUAAAACUCCAUAUAACCUUAAAAGUUGAAAUAUGGUUUCAUACAGUUGAUUCUCUCAAGAAAGUGGUUCAAUAGACUAUUCCUUUUUAAUGAUAUUCAAUAAAGUGAAGACAAUGCAAUAAAGAAAUAUACUAAAUGUAUUUGAAGAGAAGAGGAUUCAGAGAAGGAAGAGAGAGGAGAAAAAUUGGUGCAAGCAUCCUCUUGAUUCUUGGAAGCCCUUAUCUUUGUCAAUGAAAUCAAGUUUCCAAUAUUACAGGCUGAGUGACUACAGUAUCCUCUUUGUCAUGGUCUACCAGUAAUAAUUUCUUACAUGAAUAAUGUGGUCCAAAGUCUCAUCAGUUGAGGCCCAUUUGUGAUUAUUCCACGCCUAUUAACAAGCAUUAUAUAGAAUGAUAAUUAUAUUAAUUGAAUGUUACCAAAUUAUAAUGCUCCAACAUUUUCCCUCGUGUUUCAGAGUAGAUGCCAAAGCAUCAAAGCUUGAACAUGAACCCAAUAGUUAAUUAUGAAUUCUAAGAUUUUGCAAGUAUGUCUGCCAUAUGUUCUUUAUAAUAAUGUUUUUAGUGAUGAAACAACUUUGUUUAUUCUGGUAUUUUCAGAAGUUAUAAUCAAUGACAUUAUUGUUUUAUUUGCUCAUGAAAAAGCAUGAUAACUAGUAAUUUGACUAGAAACUGGGAUAUCACAAUGUAACUGUGAAAAGUCUUUGACUUGACACUUCAUGUUAACUAAAGUGACUUCAACCACAAGAGUUCACAUGUUGUGUAAAGAUAUUAUGCAGUGAAGAUCCUUCACUAGGUUUUCUUGCAGAAAUGUUGAAAGCUCAUUCUGGCUUCACAUUCAUUAAUGAGCUUUAUCAAAGUUCGCCAUCUCAAUACCAGACUCUGUACUAGUGCCAUACUAGCACUGCGUCGAUGCGGUAUGGUAUAGGGUCUUUAUGGCGUAUCAAGUGUCAGUUUGCCUUCCAUACCGUAUAUGAAUAUCGAACUGGUACGGUACGUUCCGUACCGCCCGAUCUGGGCCGGUGCGGUGAACCAUGAACCUGAUAAAUCAAAGAUAACAAUUAUUAUCUCUUAGAAAUAGAUCAAAAUACCAUUUCAUAUUGUUAUGUAUCUAUUGUAUCUACCAGGGUCUCAGAAUUGGUAUCGGACACCGCACCGGUUGCCCAACGGCACGAGUCGGUACAGGCCCCCGUUAUAUCGUGCCGUGUCGGGCCUGUAUCAAUAGAGUAGAAGAGGUGGAGAGAGGGAGAACGAGAGAAAAAAAGAGAGAAAGGGAAGGCCGAGGGAGGCUGGCGGAGAACUAGCGGAGGGCCGAGGAGCCGCCGUGCAGAGGAGGCCAAGGUCGGAGAGCUGCCGUGCAGAGGAGGCUGGAGAACCGUCGGAAAGUUGCAGAAGAAGGGCUCCUCUCUCUUCCACGGCUCCCUCCUCUACCGCCUAGCCUCGACCUUCCUCUCUCUUCCUCUCCCUCUCCCUCUCCCUCCCUCCCCCGUCCUCUCUCUUUUCCUCUUUUUCUUCGUCUUCUCCCCCUCUGGCGUCGGUCUUGUUUUCAUCACCAGAACCGUCUUGGUAAGGCUCAAGACACCCCGAACCGGGCAAUUUGGGACGGUUCCACCGACCUUGGUAUCUACCAUUCUAGCAGGUUGUCAACGCAGUGCUAAGGUGCAUACCUAUUAAACAAUCCAUCUAGAUUUGUAUAACUGCAUAUUGACUUGUACAAUUUCGUAUCAUUUUGGUACAUACAAAAAGCUAAUGCAUAGUGGCAUGGGCAUGAACUAUGCUCUGCCUUCUCAAACACGUGGUCAAUGUCCUGAAUAAUCUUGUUUCUGUAAGAGAAUUCAAAACUCUUCCUUUUAUUUAUUGUUCUUCAGCCUUUACAUUUAAAAAUUGAAAGGCUUUGUUUAUAAACCAGAUGUAGUAACCAUGCAACAUCGUCAUUCUACAUUGACCAAAGGACAGAAAUCAAGAUAACCCGUUCUUAGGAUUCAUUGUUUUCAUCGAUCAUAGGUCAAGGGGAGUUCUUUGGUGUCUCCAUUUCCCUGUAUAUCAUGGUUUUUAAUUUGCGACUUUGAUAUUUAAUUCCACAUGGUUUAUUCAUAAUAAUGAAAAGUUUAACAAGUA